AUGGUGAUUCAACAACCCUCGAACCAGAUCAAGCUCACCAAUGUCUCCUUGGUUAGGCUAAAGAAAGGCAAAAAGCGCUUCGAGAUUGCCUGCUACAAGAACAAGGUCCUCGAAUGGCGCUCUGGCAUUGAAACAGACCUAGACAAUGUCCUCCAAAUCCACAAUGUCUUUUUGAACGUCUCCAAAGGACAGACGGCACCAAAAGAUGAACUGGCCAAAGCAUUUGGCAAGGAUACCUCCAUGGACGACAUCAUUCUCGAAAUCCUGCGCAAGGGAGAGAUGCAGGUGGGCGAAAAGGAGCGUACUGCUCAGCUGGAACGCAUCCACAACGAAGUCAUAUCCAUCGUCACCAGCAAGCUGGUCGAUCCUCGUACUAAGCGUGUCUAUACCCCCGGUAUGAUCGAGAAGGCGCUUGACAUGCUUAGCUCCAUGGCCCACCAGAACCAGCAACAAGACAAGGAGAAGAACACCACCUCAAACGGCACCAACACUCCGUCCACAUCCACAGAGCAGCCUCAACCGCCAACGGUAGAAGGCAACAGCAAAACACAACGCCUACCAACCUGGACGGGUGUCACGGCAAACAAGUCCGCAAAAUCACAAGCUCUAGACGCGAUUCGGGCACUUAUAGCUCAUCAACCCAUCCCUGUCGCGCGUGCCCGCAUGCGCCUGCGCGUUACCUGUCCAACCAGUGUCUUGAAGCAAGCCGUCAGGGCUCCCAAGGGUGGGUCGGCAGCAUACAAAGACGGUGGUGAUGGCGGCGGCGACAGCAAGAAGGGUAAGAAGGGCAGGGAUAAGGGCACCGACAAGAAGGAGGAGGUUCCGGCUACCGCACAAGACGGGGAAGAGCAAAAGGCCCCAGGAACAGUGAAGGACAAGAUCCUGGGCUUUAUCGAGCAGGUCGAGUCACAAGACGUGGUUGGUUCCGAGUGGGAGAUUGUUGGUUUCGUCGAGCCAGGCGCUUUCAAGGGCUUGUCAGACUUCAUAGCAGGGGAGACUAAGGGGCAGGGAAGGGUAGAGGUGCUGGAUAUGGCUGUCACUCAUGAGGAUUGA